AAAGUGAACACGUGCACUACAUGUGAAAUGUGACUUCGAAUUAGUAGUUCGGGGCGUUCGGGGUCAGAAAGGAGACGUAAAUUUGAAAGGUUAUAUGAAUUAAAUACAUUUAUUAGAAUUAGUACUGUGGUGCUGAGUAUAAUAGUCUGGUAUCUGUAAUACAAGAAGAGACUCAUGAUGACACCAAUUUGGAACAUUAAAGAUUUGCGUCCUCCUCCAAACCUAACCUAUGAAAUCCGGCUGUCACAUGUUAAUGCAGAUGAAUUUACAUCAGUAUGCUCAGAUGCCAUCUCAGUUUUGAACAACCAGGGAGCUCUUCAUGUAGAAGCUGCAGCUUUGUCUCGGCUGCUGUACCGGUUGAAAUCAAAACUGCGCUGUGACAAGGGCUUCAAAUUCAUGGCAAAGGUGAAUCGUGGACUUCUUUGCUACCUGUCUAUGGACUUGGCUAUGGUUCUUAAUACAAUUAAGCCAUCACCUUCUGAUAAUGGGUAUGACACAAUGUGUGCACCAUCCAGACAAAUGUUGGAGUGGGUUCUGGUACGGAUACAGGGCUUUGCUCGUCUGUUCUGCCAGCUGAUGCAAUUAUGCCAGGAUGCAGCAUUCUACAUGAAGUGUAGGCUGCAUUUGGGUCACAUGUGGGAUGUUGCUUUAAUCUCCCUAGGAAUUGUCAGUAGGAUAUGGGCAAUUUCAAAGUACCUGGUGCUGUGUGCAUGUGAGUGGUACAGGAAAUUGAAGCCAUAUCUUGAUAUUCUGGAACCUGUUGGGCUAUGUUGGCUUCCUUGUGGUUACCAUUUCCCAUCAGACCUGAGAGUUUGGCUUGAUGCACCACUGUUGACAGAUCCUCCGAAACCAAAGAGGUCAAGUAACAGCAAUAAGAAGCAACACAAGAUAUUUGACCUUAUUGAUCUUGGGAAUUCUGAGGAUGAGGAAGUGAUGGAGUCAAGUAAUGACAAUGAAAUGGAAGUGUUGCAGUCUAAUGGGACUGUAAUAUCUUCUGAAAAUAACACUGUUAAGUUUUCAACAGACGAGAAGGAGCAAGGAAAGGCAUUAAGUAAACAAAUGAAGCAUUUUGAAGAAACUGAAAAUGUUAUUAACAACAAUUAUACAAAUAAUUUAUUUCCACCUAAGAAGGACUUGAUUUCCAUGAUUGAGGAUGUAGGAGGUAUCUCUCACCUACUGCGGAUUUUUUAUUGGCCUGUGCUGUUUUACACACACAAAAAAUCCUGCCGAGGCUCUCUAUAGGCAAGGCUGGCAAUUUUCUGUUGGAUGUUAUCCUAACUGCGCUGUCUGUCAGCGAUCUGAGAGCAAAAGAUUGUACAUGGUGAAGAUUCGGUAGGAUUGUCAUUCCGUUGGACUGCCUGCUGUUGGUGAGUGUUAUAUCCUUCUGGUACAGUCUGGCAGCAUUAGCCGUUUCCGUACUAGCACAAAUCUCUUAGAAGCACUGAUUCUUGUGGUGUCGAUUUACUUGGUGCUUGGGAUCAGUGGGAGGAACGCGCCUCGCCAUCUUGGAAUAGCUGAAGCCAAUUAUUCGAGGCGUGUAACAAUAUAAAUUAUGUGCUUCUAAGAAAAGAAGAGUUCCGUCCAGAAUACAGAACGACUAUUCACCAGUUGCAUAGAGCUCUAGUCCUACUGUUAUGAAUAUUAUUAUUGAUCCUUUUUUUGUGAAGAACCCGUUUCUUUACUAUAGAUUUUAAGUUAAAUUUGUUAGAUUUAACCUCAAAGUUUCAUACCUUCACAAAGUUUGUUAUUAUCAAUUUAAAAACAACACUUUACUCAUAUGUAGUCAUGUUUAUGAAUUAUCAUACCUAGGCCCAAUGGUUCAUUAGCUUUCGCCACCAGCCUAAAUACUAAAGAAAACCUUCGUUCAGCUACCGUGAUUUAUUUUAUAUUCUUUAAAAGAAGUUGCCUUAAACGAAAGCUUCAUGUUCUUCAAAGGCUAAUACCAUACAGAAUGUCAGCACCCGAAAUUGAACGUACUAAGAUAAGGAUGCUUCCAAUGGCAUAACAUUUAUACCAAGCUACUCGAAAAGUGAUAAAUAGAUUCAAAAGCUUAAAUUGGAGGAGACAGACCUGCAGAUAAGCCUGUUGUUUUCCUGAAGGAAGAGGAACAAGCUAAGAGUUCUGAUAGAGUAAUAAACACUAACAUGGAAAUUGUCAAUGAAAUGUAGGCCUAAUAUCUUAUGUUUUGUUGCUUGCGAUACGAGGUCAGACCUUCCGUUUGU